UCUGGGGAGGGCGUAGUAAGAUGGCGGCUCCCUCUCCCAAAUGGAGACGGGUAACCGGAGCCACCGGACCGGUGCCGCGGCCCCGACACGGUCACCGCGUGGUUGCCAUCAAAGAGCUGAUGAUCAUCUUCGGCGGCGGCAACGAGGGGAUUGUGGACGAGCUGCAUGUCUACAACACAGCCACAAACCAGUGGUUCAUUCCUGCCGUUAGAGGGGAUAUCCCACCAGGCUGCGCAGCUUAUGGUUUCAUUUGUGAUGGUACCAGGAUUCUGGUAUUUGGAGGAAUGGUGGAGUAUGGAAAGUAUAGCAAUGAUUUGUAUGAGCUGCAGGCAAGUCGGUGGGAGUGGAAAAAACUGAAACCAAAACCACCCAAAAAUGGUCCACAGCCCUGUCCCCGCCUUGGUCAUACCUUGUGUCUGGUUGGUAAUAAAUGUUAUUUAUUUGGAGGUUUGGCAAAUGACAGUGAAGACCCAAAGAAUAAUAUUCCAAGGUACUUGAAUGACUUGUACACUGUAGAACUUAAAAGUGGAUCUGGUGUGGUAGGUUGGGACAUUCCUGUUACACAUGGUACUCCACCUCCUCCAAGGGAAUCUCAUACAGCAGUUGUUUAUAAAGAUUCAAAAAAACCGAAGAUGAUCAUUUAUGGAGGGAUGAGCGGGUGCCGACUUGGUGACCUAUGGAUAUUGGAUGUGGAAAGCUUGGUUUGGACAAAGCCAAUAACCAAGGGUUCAACACCGCUCCCCCGGAGUUUGCAUUCCGCUACUGUCAUUGGGAAUAAAAUGUAUGUCUUUGGUGGCUGGGUACCACUUGUGAUGGAUGAUGUGAAAGUUGCCACUCAUGAAAAGGAAUGGAAGUGCACAAAUACACUUGCUUACUUACUUUUAGAUGGCAAUAUCUGGACACCUGUAGUCUCAGACACAUUGGAGGACAAUGUUCCAAGGGCUAGAGCUGGCCACUGUGCUGUUGCUAUUCACACUCGCCUUUAUAUUUGGAGUGGAAGAGAUGGCUACCGGAAGGCUUGGAACAAUCAAGUCUGCUGCAAAGAUCUUUGGUAUUUGGAAACUGAAAAGCCCCCUGCUCCUUCUCGGGUGCAGUUGGUUCGAGCCAGUACAAACUCCCUUGAAGUGUGUUGGGGUGCUGUUCCAACAGCAGAUGCCUACCUUCUUCAGCUACAGAAGUAUGAUAUGCCACCAACAACUACUACCACCACCAUGACAUCUGCGUCAUUAAGCAACGCUUCAUUGCCACAGAAGAUUCCGUGCAGCCCUAUUUCUCCUACGCCACCUUCACCAGUCAUGCCACAGCCUGUUCCUAAAGUAACUUCUUCCAGUGGCAUAUCAGCUCCUGGAUUGACAAGCACAGUGACUCCAGUACAAGUCACUGCCACCCAGGUGCCUGGAAUAUCUUCAGCAGCAACUCAUCUGGUUACAGUCUCCCAACAAGCUGUGCAGACGGUGAAGGCUGCAGUUUCUUCCUUGCCAGCUGGAGUCCGCCUCGUUGUCCCUGCACAGAGCACCACCAAUGCUGUUCCCUCUGUAGUAAAUGUAAAUACACCGGCCACAACAAUGCUGAAGACAGCAGCUGCACAAGUGGCAACCUCGUCUGUCUCGCUAAGUUCUGCUUCAACACGUCCUAUUAUAACAGUACAUAAAUCUGGGGCUCUCACUGUAGCUCAACAAGCUCAAGUUGUCACCACUGUUGUGGGUGGCGUCACCAAAACCUUCACGCUUGUCAAAAGCCCAAUACAAUAUGGCAGUGGAGGCUCCUUGAUCUCCAAUUUAGGGAAAAUGAUGACUCUUGUUCAGACAACUCCUGUGCAGAGUGGUGCAAUCACUGGCCAAGCCACUACUGGGUCCUUAGCCCAGUUUAUUCAGGCAAAGGGCCCCUUUCCUCCAGGAACAAUAGUGAGACUGGUGACGGCAGCAGACGGUAAACCAACCACAAUAAUCACAACCUCGCAAGCUGGCGCAAUGGGGGCGAAGCAAACUAUCCUUGGUCUUGGAGGUGUUGCCCCUUCAGGCAGUAAAGCUGGGGCAACAACCAUCAUAAAAACCAUCCCUGUUUCAGCACUGAUGGCUCAACCCAAUGUUACAGGUGUGAAUGUUUCUCCGGCUAUGAAAUCUCCAAUAACAAUCAUUACAACAAAAGUAGUCACGUCUGGAACGGGAACACCUGCCAAGAUCAUUACAGCUGUGCCAAAAUUUACUGCGGGACAGCCUGGUGUGACACAGGUUGUUCUGAAGACGCCUGGAACACCUGGUACCAUUCUACGAACUGUUGGUGGAACUCCAGUAACAGUUAGUGGAGUCAGACUCGUUACACCUGUCACUGUGUCUUCAACCAAGCCUACAGUCACAACAUUGCUAGUGAAAGGGACCACAGGUGUUACCUCACUAGGUACUGUGACUGCUACAGUAUCUGCCGCCCACUCAGCAGUAACUAAUUUUGCAUCAUCCAGUUUCACACCACCAGCCACUGCCCUGACUAGAGUAACAACACUGGCCACCCAGGGGAUUAGCACGGCUAUUGACCCCUUGGCUACAGCAACAGCAACAUUAAUGGCUACAACAGGAGUAGUCUCAAGUCCUUCUGUAGUUAAUACUGAGCCUAUAUUUGUAAUCUCGGAGGCAGUUUCCCCUCAAGUAACCAACUUGGUUACACACACCAGUGACAGUCAGGUACCAGUGGCUGUAGAACAACCUGCAGCUGUAGCAGUUGCCUCAGAGAACAGCAUACAGACUGCAGAUCAACAGAUUCAUCAAGCAACAGAAGAGCCUGCCCAUGAAACUACCGAGACAAACACCACGAACACGGCUACCUCCAGCACAGCAAACAUUUCUUUAAAUCAAAUUCAGCCACCAGACACAAAUAACAAUGGUUUACCAGAAAGUGUUCAUGGGGAAACAGCAACUGCAGGAACGACAAAUACUGCAACCACCGUCUCAGCUGCACACACUGGAGCAGUGACCUCUGUCACACAGUCCACACCUACUCCAGGACCUUCACUGCAGGCCAUCUCAACGGGAUCGGAGAUCACUUCAAGCAGUAGUUCAACGUUGUCAGAUUCAAGUACAUCACAUUUGACACCUGCUACAGAAUCUGCUCAAGAUCCAGAGAGUGCAGAGCAUCAGCCAUCAUCUGAACAGACAUUAAAGGACUUGGAGAAUGCAUCAAUCCCACAGUUGUCUGAGAGCCGGCAACCCGACCUGUCAGAGGCCAGCCAGGACCCACAGGAGAAAGUGAAGAGUGACAAACUGCAGGAAGCACUGAACCCGAGUCUCGAGCAACACCCCCAUACCACUGUGACUGAGCCUUUUGUUGCUGAAGCUAAACCAGUGGACAAUAUCCAACACACAAUGAUUGCUGGAAACGUUCCAGUGUCCUUACUGCCAAAAGCUACAGAGUACAGUAAUGUAAAGCUUCCAAUGGAAGAUGCUACUUCAGAGACUGGUGUGCCUCAUGUAGACUCUACACAGCACCUACAACAAUGCCAGCAACUUGUGGCUCAGACCCCAGAGAGACCAGCACAGCAAGAGGACCCUGUGCAACCGAGCACUCCUCAAGCAGUAACGAUGAGUCCUACUGAGACAAGCAUACAAACCAGUCUGCAACCCCAGGUUACCAGUACUGUGGAUGCUCAUCAAUCCACUACUCUAAGUCCUGCCUGUACACUUCCAUCAUCCUCCACCACGGCAGCUGUGUCACCAAAUGAAGUCUCUAACAGUAAUCCAGUAGCAAAUGGGAAGCAAGAGAAUUCUUACACGCCACACAAGGUAACUCCAAAGAAAGAAGGCAAUCCAUGGUAUGAUGUAGGAAUCAUCAAAGGAACCAGUACUGUGGUAACUCAUUAUCACUUACCACCAGAGGGCAGCCUUGCAGAGGAUUCAAGUGCUAACACCCCAGACUACAGCAUGUUAAAAAAGCAAGAGCUCCUACCAGGGACCGCUUAUAAAUUCAGGGUUGCUGGAAUUAACGCAUGUGGAAGGGGUCCCUUCAGCGAGAUAUGCGCAUUCAAAACUUGUCUGCCCGGAUUUCCUGGAGCGCCAUCUGCUAUCAAAAUUACCAAGAGUGUAGAUGGGGCUCACCUCACCUGGGAACCUCCCGCAACGACUGCUGGAAAAAUACUGGAGUAUUCUGUCUACCUGGCAGUUCGCAGUAUUCAGGUGACCGAAUCCAAAUCCGGAAGUCCAGCACAACUGGCCUUUAUGCGGGUAUAUUGUGGCACCAAGCCAUCCUGUGUGGUCUCGUCGUCACACCUUGCCAAUGCGCAUAUUGAUUGCACAACGAAGCCUGCUAUCAUUUUUAGAAUUGCAGCACGGAACGAGAAGGGAUAUGGACCAGCUACACAAGUUAGAUGGCUUCAAGAUGCAGGUGCACAAGGAACAAAGAACACUGCAAAGAGGUCGACAGCGUCACCAGAUAACUCUAAAAGUGGAGGUGCCAAGAAGUCCAAGUCCGAAUGAUGAAAAGAAGACUUUUCUAUUUGCUGGAUGAAAGAAGUACUGUUGGAUAGUAUUUGUAUUUAUUUUGUAAAUGUUUUGUAAUAUGUUCCUGUUAUACUCUUAAUUCCUAUAACUCGUGAGGUCCUUAGAGAAGGAAUUUAAUUUGUAUUAAUUGUACAUAGUACAUUUCUUGUUUUAGAACUGUGACAAAUAGUCUUCAGGCAAGUUUUAAAUGAUAACUUUUUAGAAACAUUAUAAUGUAGAUUUAAAAUUUGUAUUAACAUUACUGUGCAGAGUUCAUGUAGAUGGCUUGUUUCUAAAGUGGCUUAUUCUGAAAUCACUACAGUAGUGACUGGAUGUUUGCUGUGCAAGCAAUGGUUUAAAGAGUUUUUAAAGAAAUGUUGGUGUUUCACCUUGUGCAGGUGGAUUAGAUAGGUCUUUAAAGCAUGUUUUUAUGUGGAUGAAGUUUGGGACCAAAAAAAAUGGCACGACGGAGAAGCAGCUUCCUUCUGAGAGUAGCACUUACAUAGAUUCUGAAUCACCAUUAGAAACAAAAGUUAUUAGAGGAGUUUUUCUUUGCGUGUGUGUUUGUAUGUGUGAGUGUGUGUGUGUGUGUGUGUGCGCACGCACGAGCCACCGAGUGGCAUCUUUUGUGCAUGUUUGUGAUGAAAAAUUUGAAACUGCAUUUUUUAUUUUCAUUUUUUAUACAAAUAUAAAAAUGAAGAUGUAUUGAAUAUAAAAGUUGUAUGACCCCACUAUUUUACAAACUUUGAGUGAAGCUAUGUUCUUAAAACAUCACUAACCACAAUUGUAUCUUGUUGGACCUUAAUGAAUUUUAGAAAGCCUUUUUGCAGUAGUUUGAUUCUUCAAAUUAUGAAGACUUGCCCUACGCUCAUACCAACACAUACUGUAGUAAAUCAUAGGGGAAAUCUUGGUUAUGUGUAUGGAAGAGGUACUGAUAAGUCUUCCAAUAAGUAGUGGUGACUAGCUAUAACCAGCAUUAACAAACUGCUUUAAGUGCAGUAAACCUUGCUUCAGUUGCACACAUUAAAUCAAUUGAAGUAUCUUUCACAAGAGCUUCCUAUUCUGGCGGGAACCAUUAAUUCUCAGAACGUCGUGGGGUCAUGCAACUUUCAUGACCCAACUACAUUGUUUGACUGAGGCCAAACAUUGUACUGGCUAAUUUCAUCAUAUGAUUGUACAGUUCAGAAUUACCUCUACUAACUAACCAGUAGGUUUAUAUUUGUCACGGAACUCGAUAGCAAAUAAUUUGGGUUUUUUUUAUAAUAAUCUUUUUGUUAACCCAUUUGUCUGUUCAUCAAGUUCAUAGUGCAAAAAUGGAGAGCAAGUCCGUGUUGAAUUUAAGGUUACUGCACAUAAAAUGUUUGCACAGGGCGCUUUUGUUAACUCCUUAUUAACCAGCUCAGCUUUUAGCAAGGUGCACUGGGAGUCUGGAAGUGAUUUAUAAUAUUUAGUAAUAAUGCUCUUUUAUCUUUCUACAUAUAUUAUGCAUAAUAUAAUUUGAGCAAUCCAUCUUUGGUUACACAUGUUAAUGCUUUUUGCAAGAAUUAUUGCUUUAAACAAUUCUAUGCAUUUUCAUUUAAUUAAAAGGCUACAUUUCUAACAGUGCAAUUGGAUAAAUACUUAGUACACUUUCUCAUGCUUUCUGAUUAGAUAUUCAUUUUGUACAGCUCUCUCAAUAAAAGCCGGAAAUAAUUUUUUUUUAAUUUUGAAGAUGGCAUAGACAUAUUAUUUUUAUAGCCUGGACUAUUUAAGGUUUGCAGCAGAGCCCAUUUUUAGCCAGUUCCUAAUGUUCCAUAAAAAGAUGUGGUCAGAAGUGGGAAUUUGAUCAGAGCUAUUCCUGUUAGGUUUACGCUGUGAUGAAAAUAAAAAGAAAAGUUGCCAAAUCUAAAUGCUUAUCUCUUGACCAUACAUUGUAACUCUACCUGUCCAAACUAGCCUGCUGUAGAAAAGGCUUAAACUGCAGAGUGGCCACUUUAUUAGGUACAGGAGUGGAAACGAGUUGGUCUUCUACUGUAAUCCAUCCUCUUUAAGGUUCAACGUGAUGUGCAGUCAGAGAUGCUCUUCUGCACACCACUGUUGUAAAGCAUCAUUUUUUGAGUGUUGCCUUUCUGUCAGCUUGAACCAGUCUGGCCAUUCUCAUCUGAUCGCUCUCAUUAACAAGUCGUUUUUGCCCACAGAACUGCUGCUCACUGGAUUUUUUAUUUCUCACGUCAUUCUCUGUAAACUCUAGAGAUUGUUCUGCAUGAAACUCCAAUGAGAUCAGAGAUACCACCUCAUCUUGCACCAACAAUCAUGCCACGGUCAAAGUCACUAAGAUCACAUUUCUUCCACAUUCUGACGCUUGGUCUGAACAACGACUGAACCUCUUGACCAUAUCUGCAUGCUUUAAUGCAUUGAGUUGCUGCCACAUGACUGGCUGAUUAAUGAUUAGGUGUACCUAAUAAAGUGGCCACUGAGUGUAUAUUUAAAGAUGCUCUAUACUGAACCUAUUGUGUACAUGCAUUGAAUCUAUGCUCUUUAUAUUCUUGCAAUAUUGAUCUUAUUUAUGAGCCACCAUUUAAUAAAGUUUGGUACAGCCUUCAUUUGACAAAUAAAACAAAGCUGGCAGCAUUCUGUUUGUUACCUCUCUGACCAGGUGAAUAGGUAGGUAGAAAGAACCUUUUUGUUUCAACUGAAUGUAGAACAUAGAACAGUACAACACAGUACAGACCCUUCAGUCCACAAUCUUGUGCCAACAUUUUAACCUACUCUAAAAUCAAUCUUGCCUUCCGUCCUACACAGCCACUUAUUUUUCUACCACCCGUGUGCCCAUCUAAGAGUUUCUUAAAUGGUGCUAAUAUAUCUGCCUCUACCACUGCCCCUGGCAGUGUUCCAUGAAUCUACCGCUCUCUGUGAAAAGAAUUUACCUCUGACACUACUCCACACACACAUACUUCCUCCAAACUCUUAUAUGCCUCCUUGCCUUAGCCAGUUCCAUCCUGGGAGAAAGACUCUUGCUAUCCAACUGGUAAAUGCCUCUUAUCAAUUUGUACGCCCCUAUCAAGUCACCCCUCAUCCUCUUUUGCUCCAAAGAGGCAGCAUCCUAAUAAAUUUCCUCUGCACCCUUUCUAUAGUUUCUAUAAUGGUGUAACAAGAAACAAACACAGUAUUCCAAAUAUAGUCUAACCAGGAUUUCAAAGGGAUGCAACAUUACCUCGCGGCUCUGGGAUUCAAUUCCCCUGAUUCACUGAGACAUAUCCAGGCAGAAUUUAAAGGUGUCAUAGAGUCACAUACACUGCUGGAUGACACAGUAGCGUAGUGCUCAGUGUAAUACUUUGCUUCUGCAGUAAGAUUGGAGUUCGAUUUCUGACGCUGCCUGUAAAGAUCUCGUAAGCCCGCAACUGCAUGGGUUUUCUCUGGGUGCUCUGGUUUCCACCCCCAUUUCAAGAAAGGCAUAUAGGUUAGAGUUGGUAAAUUAUGGACAUGUUGUGUUGGUGCCAGAAGUAUGUGACAUUCAAGGGCUUCCCCCAGCAUACCCUCAGACUGUGUUGGUUAUUGAUGCAAGCGAUGCAUUUCACUGUAUGGGCUCUAAUAAAGGGUGUCUGCCCAAAACAUUGACUGUUUAUUCCUCUCCAUUGAUGCUGCCUGAUCUCCAACACUUUGUGUGUGUGUUUUGGUGUAUGUUUUGAUGGAUAUGUGACAAGUAAAACUAACCUUUCAACUUUAAUCCCACAAAGCAAUUCUUCACUGGGCUUGCACAGCUCAAGCAUGACCAUUGGUGUGUCCAUGAUUUUGUGUGGAGUUAUAAUGAGAAUGGCACAAUAAGUAUUUUUAAAAAUUUGAAUCUAGUUUAAAGUUUUGCUUAGUUUUUUUUUGUUAGGAAGCAAAAGUAUGGAAGCUAAGCACAAUAAAAUGUGUUAUUUCCUAUUCUAGUAGCAGCAAAUUGUAUUUAAUACAGACACUCUACCAGUAUUAGCAAUUUGAAGGUUGCUGCCGUGGCAUACAUACCCUCAGGGUAUAGAUACCAUGGAAAGUCAGCUUUUUGUUGCAGUACUACAGUACAUUCCAAACAAAACAUGUCCCAAUGUGUGUGUUGGUCUGGAUUUCCAGCACCUGCAGAAUCUCUUGUGUAAACAGUACUGAGCAAAACUCUUAGACACAUAUGUAUAGCUAGGGUCCCCAAAACCUUUGCACAGUACUGUAUAUUAUGUCUUUCUAGUUACCAAGUAACACUUAAUACUAAACAAAGCUUAGUACUCUUAUUUCUGUUUCCCAACUGCCUUCCCGUUUUAAUCAAUAUACAGUACUAUUGGUGGUGGCAUCCGUCUGUUUCGAAGGACAAUGGUGGUGGUGAUGAUCAGCACAAGUCUGAGGGCAGAAGGUAUGCAGAUCCUGAGAUGCCCAGUUGUCAAGAUCCCCCUCUCAGCCUCACCAGUGUAGUCCAAAGGAAAGCUUAUGAAGCAAUACGUUUGGCACCAGCUUGGCUGCAGGAGCUGCUGGAAGGAUAUUCAAUGAUGUCCAGGCCCCUUAGGGCUCCACUCCAGAUUUGCUGUCUGGGUUUACUCCCGCAGCCUUCAUCUCUCCUGAGGUUCCCCACAUUGCAAUGGGGCUAUUUACCCAUAGCUGGGGAUCUGGUUCAUGAGCACCAGAGUGUGUCUACACAACAGUGGGCCAGUCCUCCUAACCGUCCUCUGUAGUUCAGCCUGAGUCCGAAAGAAGUUUCUCUGUGUCGCCAGCGAGGAGGCACAACAUGAGGCUUGCUGUUGGAGAGGCUGUGUGCUGGCAGGGAGAGAUAUACACAUUUAGCUCUCCUUUUUGAGAGUGCUAGCCAGCAGUGGAAGUUGAAAAUGAGAGCAAAAAGCACUACCCACUGCAUUGCCACACUAGAUGCAUCACACCACCAUUUUGCCACCACAGUGUAUUAUGUACAGUACUGUGCAAAACUUAUAUAUGUGCCUAAGACUUUUGCACAGCAUUGUCCAUAAAUAUUGCUUAGCUCACAUGACAAGAUAAGCAUAACCACAUUAGUACAAGUUGAGGAGGAUAUUCUGAGGUAGAAGUAUGGCUUUAAGACAGUUCAAGGACCUGAUGGCAGUGAGGAAGAAACUGUUUUUGAACUGUGAGGUAUGGGUCUGCAGCUGCCUGUACCUCCCACCAUGGGAAGAAAGCAUAGUCAGUACCAAGUACUAGGAAAUGCAUUACUUACAAAUCAGACACACUCAAUUUGCUGCUAAACUCCUUGACCUUGUAGAGCUGAGGGGAGAUUUCACAAAAGGUAUACAAAAUUAUGAGGGGUGUAGAUAAGGUAAAUGCAAACAGGCUUUUUCUACUGAGGGUGGGUGAGACUAGAACUGGAGGUCAUGGGUUAAGAGUGAAAGUGAAAUGUCAAGGGGAACAUGAGAGGGAACUUCACUGAUAAGGGUGGUAAGAAUGUAUAAUGAGCUGUCAGUGGAAGGAUACGGGUUUGAUUUCAAUGCAUGUAAGUACAUGGAUGGGAGGGCGAUGGUCAGGUGCAGGUCAAUGGGACUAGGCAGAAUGUUUGGCAUGGACUAGAUGAUCCUAUGUGUAAUUCUGUGCUCUAUGAAAGUAUUGGCUUUGGUCACCAUCUUCUUACCUCAUCAUAGUAAUCGUGGAAGAUCAGAUACUGUGUACCAGUGGUUCCCUGAUCACUGCUUCCCAUCGGCUUCAAAUAGGGAAUUACCUCUAACAGCUCAAUGCGUGCUGAAUUUCUGAGAUAGCCAAAAUCAUUGUGAAGCUCUAAUUGUGUCUGUAAAACUCAGUAUUACUAAAUUCUCUUAAUCUGUUACUCGUGGGCUGAAGAUGUUGAUGGAAGAUUGGCAUUUAAUAUGUGCUUAAUUUGUGUGAGUGCUUAGAAUCCUAGACUUGCCUCAUUGAGAGCUGUACUUGUUUUUGAGAAUGUUUUGUCAGAAAGACAGCUGUUUUAAAACUAAAUCAGAUGUGAAAGUUAAUCUAGAAUGAUUCUUUAUCAUGUUUUCCAGCUGAUUGCAAAAUGUUUUGAUUUGUGGCAGGGGAGUUUCACUGUUUACCAUUCUUUUAAAUAAAAGAACAUUGGAAUAA